AUGGUGAUGGUUGACGAAUACGAGGCGUUGAAGUUUGACAGUCGAUAUCGGGGGGAGAUUGUGUCCUUGCCGACUAAACUCAAGGCGCUUCUAAAUUCACAAGCAAGCUUCGGAUCAACGGUAGGGGCACCAGUAUUAUUCUUCCUGGGCGGUUUCGUGUAUACUGUCCUCGAUGCUGAUAAUAACUUGGGCGAUAAUGAUACCGCCCACGCCCUCGCGUUUGGCUUGUGGUGGAUGGUGAUUCCUUACCUCGCUAUAAUCUCCUGUGCGAUGCUGGCAUCAAAUAGUCCUAGUACGCUCGACGGUAUUGUGUACGACGGUGGCAUUAUAGCCCCGACGGACGAUUAUGAGUUGAGCUUCUGGACACAGUACCUGAAGAAGCUUAAGUCGUAUAAAGGUAUCAAUUUUGUUAUGGAACGGAUUGAAGGUUACAAUCCAAUUGAAACAGCUUUCGCAGGUAGAUUUCGCACAGUUAAGCUAUGGAAGCGGGGUCUCAAUAAGCGCGAAUGGGUUCAGGAGGCGAUCAACGAGUACGCACUAUCUUCUGAAUAUCGGAGUAGCGAUAGAAUAUCUCCUGAAGGGUUGCGCAAGGCUCUUAUGACGAACUACCAAGAUUGCUUAUAUGUUCUGGUCGGGGCUUUGUUCGCAGUGUUGGCGCCUUGCUGUCUCGCGUUCCUGACGUCUUAUAAUACACCCCAAGCCGGAUUGUCCUGCCGCAGUCUGACAUAUCUUGUCUAUGCCAUUAGCCAAGUAUGUGAGAUGGCCUUAUGGACGUGUGCCGCACGACUGAGAAUACAGUAUGGAACCCAGUGGUCGGAGACCAACCCUAUCGCGAAGAGGAUAUGCUGGUGGGGACAAGUGUUCGUAGGAUUCUUUGCCAUCUUUGCGGCGGUAGGUGGUACUACUAUGCAGUUGGUAGGUGUCUAUCGAAGCUGUGCUUGCAAGGUACCAGUGAGAUAUUGGCCCAGGCUGAGCGACCCAGACGCGUACAUCGUGCUCAGCGAUAACACUGCCGAAGACAUAGAAGCAGCGCGGCGUUGGUGGAUAGUGACCGGUAGUACGGCCGUAGUUGUGGUCGGCAUCGUAUGUGCGCUUGCAUGGUGGCACCAACGACGGCUACGAAAGAGGUUUCGUGACGAAGCGGACAAAUUAGAUAUCGACGACGUGGGAAGUUAG